AUGGCUUCAAUGAGCAAAAGAACACAGGCGCGCAAUGAGCGGGAGCUUCAUGAGUUGGCGCGACUUCCUGGAAAUUCACAAUGCGCCGACUGUGGUGCGAAAGCCCCGGCGUGGGCGAGUUGGAAUCUGGGUAUCUUUCUCUGCAUGCGAUGUGCUUCGUUGCACCGGAAGCUAGGAACCCAUAUUUCAAAGGUCAAAUCCCUGAGUAUGGAUACCUGGACAACAGAUCAGGUGGAGAACAUGAAACGCAAUGGGAAUAUCGCAGCCAACAAGAUAUACAAUCCUAAAAACAAGAAACCGGACAUACCACUCGACGCUGACGAGGCGGACUCGGCCAUGGAGCGAUUUAUUCGAAAGAAGUAUCAAGAAAAGAGUCUAUUGGAUGGCAAACCAGAGCCUCCUCGACACGACGACGCUUCCCCUCCAACCUACUCGAGACCUCAGGAAGAUGACUCGCCUCCGCCACCUCUGCCACCGAAGAAAGGAAAACUUUUUGGAUUUAGCCUUCGAACAUCCUCAUCUGCGUAUCCUUUAUCGAAACACGACAAAAAGAAACUCCCGAGAGAACCCCAUGAAGAUCCAACAUUUCACAUCGCGAAUGACGACUACAAUACAAUGUCAAGGAUGGCAGAUGCACGCUUUGAAAUGACGGACGCGGAGCUGCAAAAGAAAUUGACCGCUUUGAGAGAUAUGGGCUUCACAGAUACUGAGCGCAACACAAACUUACUUCGACGAUUGAAUGGAAAUGUUGAACGGACAAUCGAGACGUUGGUUCAAUUUGGAUCGACCGAAAGUGGCAACCCCUACACCUCCAGAAAACCAGAUCAAAAUCCUUCUGCUGGUCUAACUCGGAGUUCCGCGAAUGCAUCGACGCCGGCAGCUGGUGCUUCAAAAUCUCCGGAGCCUUCCUAUAAUCCAUUUACGCAAAUGACUAACCAACAAACCAUCGGACUCUCCAUGACAAAGCCGCCAGAACCCUCGGGUUCCAGCACGCAACUCUAUAGUAGCAACAACCCCUUUGGCCCAGGGACUCGCAACCAAACGGAAUCGGGUCUCGAACAGUCCAUGCAGUCCAUGCAGUUGGCGCAACCAUUAUUCCCACACAGUACUGGCGGAUAUCCAAGCCAACCUCCCUCUCUUCGGGAUCCACGUCUGCAAUACUCGAUGACCCCUCCAGCGCUUUCAACACAAUUCCAGCGAGGCUAUGUUGCAUCUCCAGCAGCCAUUUCCGUGAAUACAAAUCCCUUCUUCCAACCUGCACCCGCCUCGGCUCAGUCGACCGGGAACAACCCUUUUCUACCUCAAGAGGCUCCGGCUCCGGCUCCUGUCCCUUCAUCUCCUUCCACAAACCCUUUCCUCAAUUACCACUCCACGCCAGGCGGUCAACCGGCGCAAAUUCCACGAAAACAGAGUUCGCUUCCGGCAAAUUUCAAUCCUUUUGGGAUACCGCCAUCACAGUCUCCCCCUCAAACGACACAGCCGCAACUUCAGCCUCAUCCUCGAGAUCUGUUUGAUACAGCCCAACAGCCUCCAUUUAUGAAUCAACAGCCAAGCAAUCCUUUCCUAGCGCAAGGGAAUCAGACUCAACAACCACCGCAACAACAAUUCCCCAGCUCUCAACUUCCACAAUCACCCCCAACUUUCCCCAAAUUCCACUAUGGUCAAACCCAAGCUCAACCACAGGCGCAGCCGUCCCAGUUUCAGCCACAGUCUACGUUCCAGCAACAGAUUAACCCACAGGCUCAGGCCCUCAUCCCCCAACAAACAGGACGGUAUGAUAAGAACUCCAUUAUGGCUCUAUACAAUUAUCCACAACUUGCAUCUCGACCAUUGGCUUCGAUUCCAGAGCCCGGGGCGGAAUCCACUGGCCAGCAGCAAAUUUCUCCUGCACGGUCAGGCGAUAUAUUCGGUGAACUGAACCCUGUUGGCGGAGCGAAGCGAAGCGCGACAAUGCCAGUAUCGCUUUCACAUAUGCAUUCGGCCGGGGGAACCGGUAAUCGUAAUCCAUUUCUGACGAACACGGCAAGCGCGAAUACAAAUGCCAUAGUCAAUCCUACUCCCAAUGCUGGUGGGUUUCCUGGUGACAUGGCCACUCCCCCCCGGCCUCAGGGCCAACCGCAAGGAAUUGUGGCGAGACAUGCCAGUGCGGAAAGUGUCAGUAUCAACAAUUUGGAAGGUGGACGACAUAGUCCGGACGCUUUUGCCAAUUUAAGUGCCCGCCUUGCCCAAACGAAUUACAUGCGCAAUUAUGAGGCAGAAUAUCGGAGGGUGUUCCUGCAAGCUCUUGACUCGCUUGUGCCGAUAAGAAAUUCCGACCUCGCAGAGUAUACCCAACGCUCGAUCCCUUUCCUGAGAGAUCAGCGAUGA